AUGUGUAGUUUAAUCCUAGGAAGGAGGACUAGGCGCAAUCGAAGUGUUAGAAUCAAAGGGCAGUCUUUAACGAUAGAAGGAAAUAAUGGAGAGGAGGAUGUGAUGGGAAAGGUAACUUGGUUACCAGUGCAGGAAUUAAUAAAGGGUUGGACUGAUAGUGAGGUAUUAGGUUUAUCAGAAAAUAAUUUAAUAAAUAGACGUGCUGAAGGCGAUGUAUUUGGGAAAUAUGAGUAUAGAAGUCAAGUGUUGAGACCAUAUGGAGACAGAAAAAAUCUGGUGAAAAAUAGAACGGAGAUGAGACCGAGAUUUAAUUCUCGAGGGAGAGGAGACAUAACUUGUUAUAAUUGUGGUGGACAAGGACAUAUGGUUAGGGAUUGUCAAGAAACAAAGUGUUUUGGAUGCGGCAAACGUGGUCAUAUAGCCCCCUUUUGUUCGCAGAAACAAGAAAAAUUGAGAUGCGCCGGGUGCGGGAGAUUUGGUCAUAAUAAAGAGAAUUGA